UGAAUGAAAUAACACGUCAAUCAUUUCCGAAUUUUCAAUAUAUCUAUAUCCUUGGUUGGUCCAAGUUUUUGUAUAGUUUUCGUUUAUCAAACAUAUCGUGUGUCUAUAUCGCUUUUAUUUAUUCCCGUUAGUGAAAGUUGUUUUAAUUGAUGAGCCAUGGAAACAUAUGAAAGUGUUUUACUCGUUAAAAACGAAGUUUUUGUUUUCAAAAUACCUCCAAAAACCUCAAAUAGAGGCUAUAGGGCUGCAGAUUGGAACUUGCAAGAACCACAAUGGACUGGGCGUAUGAGGCUUGUAGCGAAAGGUGAAGAACUGAUAAUGAAAUUGGAAGACAAAACAACAGGAGAGUUGUUUGCCAAGUGUCCCAUCGACAAAUACCCCGGGGUAGCGCUGGAAUCAGUCACGGACAGCUCUCGAUAUUUUGUGGUGAAAAUCCAAGAUGACAAUGGACGGAGUGCGUACAUUGGUCUGGGAUUUGGCGACAGGUCGGACUCCUUUGAUCUCAAUGUUGCCCUACAAGACCACUUCAAGUGGUUACGGAAAGAACAUGAAGAAGCCACACCUCACCAACAGUUGGACCUUGGCUUUAAAGAGGGAGAGACUAUCAAAAUCAAUAUGAAAAUCACUAAGAAAGAUGGCAGUGAAGGCAGCCGGCCGAAACGCGUGGGCGCAGGCGGGGGCGGGCUGCUGCCGCCACCGCCGGGCGCGGGUGCAGGGGGCGGAUCUCGCCUGCCGCCGCCGCCUUCGCCGCAGCAUACACCCUCGCCCUCUGCAGCCCCCACACCCGCAGCUAACUCCGACUGGGGAGAAUUCAACUCUGCCACUGCUGCUAGCGCGCCCAGCCAACCCGCAGUAACGCCCGCCAGCCAACAGAAUUGGGUGCAGUUUUAAACGCUCCGCGUGAUUGAUAUUGUGAUUUGGUGUCUCUUACACCGUGUGGUAGUUUGCACAAUACUUAAGAGAAUACUUAAUUUAGACUUACUAUCGUAUCACAUGCUUACUAUUUAGUAUGAUUAUGAAUGUGGCGGAAUGUUUGCAGAGUGCAUUUAAAUACGGGUGUCCCAAGAUAAUAAAUAAUGAAGUAGGCGCGACGAAUUUACUUAAAAACGCGACUUAAUACAUCUUACGAAUAAUCAAUUGUAAUAAAUAUUUUGUUUUGGGGCGUGUUGUAUAGGUACCGUACAUAAUGACAACGUAAACUUAAGAUGCCAGAUCACAAUAAGAAAUAAUAAUAAUUAUGCAAUAAUGUCUGUUAAUCGUGGGUAUACCAUUAUUUCUGUAUAUGUUGUAACACUUAUGUAAUUAUAUUUUAGCGAUAAUUACAGUAGAUAUUUUGGCUCUAAAUAUUGUUGUUAAUGUAUGUUGUUGAAAAUGCAUGUCAUAGACGGUUUCAAUGUAAAUAGAAUAUAUAAUCUUUAAAAAAGUUAAGUAGUUGAGUAUCCGUACAUAAUGUACAAACCACAUUGUAUUGCUCUGAAAUAGAUCUGUAUUUUGGCAUUAUUACGAGAAAUGUGCAAAAUGUACCUAAUAAAGGAAAGUAACUAAUCACUA